CGGGCGGGGCGGUCCCGCCGAGCGGCACAAACCCCGCGCGUUCCCUUCCCGCGCGUUCUUCCCGCGCGUUCCCUUCACGCGCGUUCUUCCCGCGCGUUCCCUUCACGCGCGUUCUUCCCGCGCGUUCCCUUCCCGCGCGUUCUUCCCGCGGGGGCGGGGCCCCGGCCAACGGGCGGCGAUGGCGGCGGCGGCGGGCGGCGAUGGCGGGGACGGCCCGGCCCCGGCGGCGGCCCCGGGGCGAGCCCAGUUGUUCAGCACCGUGGUGGACACGUUCCUGGAGAAACUGGUGACCGCCGGGAGCUACCAGAGGUUUGCCAACUGCUACCGCUGCUUCUACAAGCUGCAGCCCCAGCUGACCAGGAGCAUCUACGAUCAGUUCAUCUCCCAGCUACAGACGUCCAUAAAGGAGGAGAUCGAGGAGGUGAAAAAUGAAGGGAAUCUGGAGGAACUCUUCAAUUCACUGGAUAAGAUCGUGGAGGAGGCAAAGGACCGGGAAGAGCCAGCGUGGCGGCCCAGCGGGAUCCCGGAGCAGGACGUGCGCAGCGCCCUGGUGCCGUACCUGCGGAAGCACCGCGCCCACCUGCGCAGGGCGCUGCGCCACAAGGAGGAGCGCAACGGCCGCGUGGCCGAGUCCGUGCUGAUGGGGAGGGACAGCAUUGCAGAGCUGCAGCAGCUGAUCCAGGCUCGCCAACAGGCCUGGCAGGCAAUCAGUAAGGAGCAACGAGAACUCAUCAUGACAUUCCAGGAGCCCCAGUGAGGCCACAGGAUGAGGAUGUCCCAAAGCACUCAUGGGACAAGGUGUGUGCAGAACCCAGACUGAGAAUUACCCUAUCAGGCCACUGGAGACUGCAGAGGGACUGAAACAGCUGCUGGACUGGCACGGUUUGAUCAGAUUUGGUACAGAAACAACAAAAAAAACCACAUUGAGAUCUUGGAAAUGGAUGGCAAUUCCGUAUUUCCUACUCAGCUAGACAGAGGAGUGUCACAAACUGUGGCUGUGCUCUCCUCUGCUCCACUCAGUGCUGUGACAGGCCUGAUUCCAGCUUCCAAAGCCACAUUUGGGGUUUUGUAGCUGUUUUAGCUGUGCAUUAGACAAAAUUCAGUGCCUUAAGCCCCAAGCCAGGCUGUGCUGAGGUCUGAGGAGCCCACAGGCAGGAGCACGAGUGGGUCACAGCCAACACUCCUGCCUGUGCUUGCAGGUUCAUUCAGUCUCCCUGUGUUCAGACCCUGCCCGUUGCAGAUGUGGCAGCAGCUGCUGCACCAAGUUCCUCGUUCCCAUUCCCAUUCCCAUUCUGUUCUCCAAGUUAUUUUCUAGCCCUGGUCCCCUCCCAGCAGCCUGAGGUAUCUGGGGAUCUGUGCAGAGGUUGGAACGGCCCUGCCUCCACUCUGUGGGUUUGUAGCACAGGGUUUUGAUGUUUUUCUGUGGAACCUUCUAGAGCCAGACUGGUUUUCCCCACCCAGAGUUGCCUCCUCUGUUUGCGGGCUGGGGAAGGGAAGGCUCCCAGGAUCUCCCUGGCAGAGCCCCGCAGUGACGUGUGCCUGCAGCAUGGACAGGCUGUUCCUUGGGGCUGGGCAGGGAGUGAGGAGAGUCCCCCUGCACCUGCAGAGGACUGAGAGGUUGUGAGUCCAGCAAGCUCCCUGCUCUCUACCCAAGGAGAGGCCCUGCCCUGUGACAAGCUGGGGAGGGGCAGUGGCCCCUCGCACCACGCCCCAACCUCUGUAAGCAAUUAGAGUUGCAGAGUGGCUGCAGCAAUUUCCCCUCUGCCUCCCCUCGCUGUGCUGGAAUCUCAAUAAAUUGGGGCUGUUGUUCCCAGCUUGGCUCCUGCUGUGUUCUUGGCCCACGUACUCUGUACUUUACGGGUUUGUCUGACAAAGGCUCUGGUUCAGCAGUUCCGUCCGCCCUCUGCCCCAAAGCCUCCAGUUCCGAUUUCCAAGACAGGGCUGGGAUUUACAGGAUCAAAAAGCGGUCAGG